AUGGUAUGCCAUUUCUCUAUUCAAGAAACUUUCAAUUAAAUUAACAUUCAAACCCUCAUCCUUGCUUGCAUAAACAUCUUCCUUACUUUCAUCAUUGCCUACUGUAAAAUACAAAACUUCAUUCUCAAAAAGCCAUCCUAAAAGCAAUUCCAUUUUUUAUUCAACCUCAGAUUGCUGACCAUUGUGUUAUACUUUGCAAUCUCCAACCAGGAACUCUCUUUACUAUUGAUUAACCAUUUGGAACUCUAACACAAUCUCAAACUAGCCAUCUUAAGUAAACUGGCACUUCAAGCCAUCCUAUAUGAUCACUCCAAUCUUAUAACACUACCUUAAAAUUUGAUCUUCUAUUCUUAUUGUUUUUUUGUAUUUCUUUAGAUAGGAAUGCAAUGUAAAUUCAAUGAACUAUAAUCUAAUCAAUAGCUGCCUCAGAAACUCACUCAGGAUGCACCUCCGACGUUUCAUGCAAAAUCUCAAGAAAUUAAAUCAUUUAGACAAGAUGAAUUAUCGAAAUCCCCUGGAAUGUCGUCUUCAGAUAUUAAACCAUUGUAAUUGAACAGUGUUCAGCAAGUGUUGAAUGAAGAUGAUCUCAUCAUGACUAAUAUGUCGUGGCUCUCAAAUCAGUCUGUCUUAGUUUACAAUAUAGAUUUUACUAUUGUUUAUUAAACAUUCUAUCUUGGGAAGUUAUAGAAGAACAUUGGUGACAAAUUGGAUUGCGAAGCUACCUUUUUGGAAUCCACCAUACUGAUCGGAAGCAAGGAGAUUAAUGAAUUAUUGGGACAAUCGGGAUUCAGCGAUUCUUUAUUCAGUGAUGGUUCCUUCUUGUUGAACAAUCUCAAUGAGGUGCACAGAUGUAAAAUCAAAGGCCAAUUUUCGCUUAGAGACCUUACUAUGUUCUUAAUCAAAGAUUUUGAAAAAUGGAGAUUCUUCACCAUGACUAUAUUCAAAGUGAAGAAUGAUUUCUUGGAUUUGGAUGGAAUACAAAUUAAAUUGUUUGUAAAUCAAAUAGAUAAUCAUAAAUUCAUUCUAUUUACUCUAGAUCACAUUCCAAUUGCCCCAAAGAUGCAAAAUCAAGAAACCAGUUUAGUCCUACAAAACAUCUAUCUCACUUAUUCUCAUGAGUCUAUCAACUAUGUUAAUUGCAUACUCACUUAUAUCCUCAUCCUUAUCCAUCACAUUGAUCAAUAAUAAUAAUAAAAUAAUGAAUAGAACAACGAAUCAAAGAAUCAGAUAAGCUAUUCUCAAAAAUAGCUUAAUAAUAAUAAAGAUGAGUAUAUUGUUAAUUGCUUAUAAAAUAUGAGGUACUCAAGUCAGAGAUUCACCUAUUUUUUGAAUUCCAUGAAAGAUUACAUAUUCUAUCUGACAAAUCAAUUAUUCUUCAAGAUGAAUGCAAUCAAAAUGGAAGAUCUACUGGACGAAUUACUUUUAAAUUUUGAACCUGUGUUACAACUCAAAUAAAUCAAAUUGACAACCAAUAUAGACUUGUAAGAUGGCAAUGCAAUCAUCUUUAGUGAUGCAGAAAGAAUUAAAUAAAUAAUCUCCUGUCUACUGUAUUAUUUUCUGUAAUCAUCAUCCCAAAGUUCUAUUAAGUUGGAGAUCAAGAGUUACACUUUAUAAGGAGUGAUGAUCACCAUCAAAGAUACAAAAUCAGAUUUUGAUGAACUAAACAAGCAAAGGAUAAUAAAUCUGACCAAAAUCCUCAAUUAGCAAUUGAAAAGCCAGAAGGCUGUAAAUGAAUUAGACUUUACAAAUCCCCUAGAAUUGCAAAUGAGCAUACUCCUUUGUUGGUAAUUAGCAGGUUCAUUCAAAAGAGGACUUGAAUUCCUAAUUGAUAAUUAAGGAUUUUGUACUUUCACAUUUGUUAUCGAAUCCUAGACUUCUUAAAUGAAAUACCAAAAUUCAGCAGCAGAUUCUGGACCAAUAAAAAUACUUGGUAAAAAGAAAUACUUUGAAACCUCUUUGUCUCUGUUACUCUAAGAAAAUAUGAAUUCCAACAAUCCAGGAGGUGAAUCUAAAUUGUUGUCGUUUACUCAAUUAUCCAAAUAGUUGUCCUAUAAACCCACAGAUCCAAUAGAUUUAUAAAGUGCCUAUUUUUCGUAAAUCUCCAAGAUUCGGUAAGAAACAUCCAAUUCCAAAGCAUUUCUGAAUAGUGGCACCCCUUACAAGUAAUCAAGAGAACAUAGUGGAAGCUUUUCUGGAACAUUGAAAUAAUAAAUAUAAUCAGAUAGCAUUCAACAAAUCACUCGUAUUCUAAACAGAAACAAUUUGAGCGUAGUAGGAAAAAUUGAAUCUCCUCAUGAAUCUCAAUAGACUUUUACACUUAUUGAUUUUGGUCAAACAGAACAAGCAGCCAAUCAAGUAAGAUUACCAGAAUUCCAUCCUAAACUCUUAGCUCAUGUCAUUAAGUAUAGAUUAAGAACCAAUUGUUGUUCUAAAGUACUACUCCUAGACAAUGAUCCAUUUUCAGUUAUUGUCCUACAGAAAGUACUCUAGAAGUAUGAUAUCAAAUGCGAUUAUUGUUUUAAUGGAGUUCAAGCAAUGGAAAUAAUAGAAAACAAGAAGAGAUAACCCUGUCAUUGUGGCAAUCGCUUUUAUUUAUUAUAUAUAAUUGAUCUCAAUAUUCCAAUUUUAAGAGGAGGAGAAUUCGUUUAGCAAAUCAAAUAAAUGAUGUAAUUGGGUAGUAUGGACAAAGGGUUUGCAAUUGCCACGGCUACAGUGGUUGAUUUAAAUAGCAAAUUGGAAUGCUUUCGGAAUGGGAUGGAUUAUUUCAUAUCGAAACCAUUUGAUUUAAUAGAGAUCAGCGCAGCAGUGACAUACCUUGAUUUUUGA